AUGAGCUGCGGUUUUCCGUUUCGCUACCCCGAUCUAGCAAACCCGCUCAACGAACCGCAGGCCAGCCCAACAAGAGCGGACUCGUGCCAGGCGAGCAACAUUCCAGACGGCUCCAGCUCUCGGCUGGCUAUGAUUUCCGCUAGAUUCGAUGGCGGGCCGGUGGAGAAGCUGAUGCGAAGAAUGCAGAGGAUUCUGGAUGCCCGCAACUACCAUGUGCUUAUCGUUGAGGCUGGAGCUGGUGAUGAUUUUGGUGAUGCCACUUUGGAGUAUUUGUAUCAGAUAAAACGGGAGAACGGCGUCAUCCUGGCCGUGUGUACAUGGAACUAUGCCGAAAUGACGGCAUCACAGUACUCGUCACACAAGGAGCUGCAGUUCGCACUGGAGAACAGCAUUGAAGUCAUCCCAUUGAGGGUGGAAGACACCUACCCUCCAAAGCCACCCUUUGGUGACCAUCAUCCUCACGAUCAACAUGGAUUGGGCCAGGCCCUAGUUCAGAUGAAAAUCCCUCCUACGCUUGUCUUUUUAGAAUGCAGAGGGCGGACUGCGCUACAGAUCGCCAGUGAUAUCGCUGGGAGAUUGAGCAGCGAGAAGGCCCUGGCCAAGAUGCCGUCCUCGCGAUCGUUGGCAUCGAACCAGCUCCGAUCACCACAGGGCGCAGGCGCUACGAUGAUCUUCGAUGACGCCUGGGUUCAAAGUGAACGCGAAGAGACGAGCUUAGAGGUGGACAUCCCAGAUGGCUUUGGUUCUCGCCUGGCGAUGGUCUCUGCAAGCGCCGACCGUGGACCCGUGAUCACGCACAUGCGCGCCGUGCAGGAAUGCUUGAUUUCGCACAACUACGAGGUCUUAAUGGUGCACGUGGGCGCGGGAGCCGAUGUCGGACAGCAGACGAUGGCCUGCCUAGGCAGGAUUAAAAGAGAACGCGGCGUCAUCCUGGCCGUGUGUACGCAGGACUAUGCCGAGGUGACGGCAUCACAGUUUUCCUCCUACAGGCAUCUCCGCUUCGCACUGGACAACAGUCUGGAAGUUCUCCCGCUACGGGUGGAGGACAUAUAUCCUCCGGAGCCGCCAUGGGGUGAAGAGCAUCCGUACGAUCAAAACGGAAGUGGCCAGGCGCUAGUCGGCAUGAAGAUCCCGCCAUCGCUUGUCCCUCUGGACUGCCGGGGGAGGACUGCAGUACAGAUCGCCAGUGAUAUCGCCGAGAGAUUGAGCAUCGAGAAGGCCGGCCGCUCACCUCUUCGAGAUGCCGGAGAUCCCUCUUUCUCGAAUUCAAUGACAAGGUCCUUCGCAUCCUCGCCACCUUUGCCUUGA